CAGAGACUGCAGACAGUAGUACAGGGGAUGACCAGAGACUGCAGACAGUACAGGAGAUGACCAGAGAGACUGCGGACACAGUACAGAUGACCAGAGACUGCGGACACAGUACAGGAGGUGACCAGAGACUGCAGACAGUACAGGAGAUGACCAGAGACUGCGGACACAGUACAGAUGACCAGAGACUGCGGACAGUACAGGGGAUGACCAGAGACUGCGGACAGUACAGGGGAUGACCAGAGACUGCGGACACAGUACAGAUGCCCAGAUACUGAAGACAGUACAGGGGAUGACCAAGAGACUGCG